UCUGGGAAGCCACAGCACUGGGGAAACGGGAAAAUGGGCAACCGGGGAGCGGGAAAACCGUGGGAACCGGAGAACCGGGAGGACAAGGGAGACUCAGCAACGGAGAAACCAGUGAACGGGAAAACUGUGGGCAUCGAGGAACCGGGACUGCCGAGGAGCUGGGAAGCCACGGGAUCGGAGAAACGGGAAACCAGGGCACCCGGGAAUAGUGGGAACCAGGGAACCGGGGAGUGGUGGGCACAGGAAAAGCGGGGGCACCGGGAAAGGGUUAACCGUGGGCACUGGAGAGCUGCAACACUAGGAACAUGGGGAAACAAGUGUCGACUUCAAGAUGAAGACCAUCGAGGUGGAUGGGAUCAAGGUGCGGAUACAGAUCUGGGACACAGCUGGCCAGGAGCGGUACCAGACCAUCACCAAGCAGUACUAUCGACGGGCACAGGGCAUUUUCCUGGUGUACGACAUCAGCAGCGAGCGCUCCUACCAGCACAUCGUGAAGUGGGCCAGCGACGUGGAUGAGUACGCACCUGAUGGCGUCCAGAAAAUCCUCAUCGGGAACAAGGCAGACGAGGAGCACAAGAGGCAAGUGCCCAAAGAGCAAGGGCUGCAGGUGAGCGGGGGCUGCUGUGUGCUCCCCCCCAGGGGGCAGGACCCUUCCUGCACCCCCAGCAUGGCCAGCCUCUUCCUGAGCCCCCUCUGCACUCGGGACCCCAACAGCCCUCCUGCAGCCCUACCUCUAUCCGGGACCCCCAGACCUCCCCAGCCCCUCCCACCAAGACCAGGGACCCUCCCCAUCUUGCAGUCUGUACCCAGACACCCCAAAUCCUGCUCCCCCAGUGUGUGGGAACCCUCUUCCACUCCACCCCUGCAGUAGUUGAGCACCCCCAAGGCUCCCUCUUCCCCACCUGUAAAAUGUUCAGAGACCCCUAAUCUCUCCCUGUACCUCCAGCAUGGUCUCCUGCACCCCUGAAUCACACAGUGACCCCCUCAGUGUCCCCCUUGACCCCCAAAGCACACAGUGCACCUCCCUGCAAUCCCAGCAUGGCCAGAGCCUCCACAAGCCUUCCCUGCAUUCCACAUGGACCCCAAUAGCCUUCCUGCAGCCCCACCCAUAUCCAGGGACCCCCAAACCUCCCUAUCUGUCUCCAGUGACCAUUCCAUGCUCCUGCAGUCUGAACCCAGGGACCCCUGACCCUGCCCUUGCAGCUCCAGAGCAUCCAGAGCACCCAGAGCAUCCAGGAAACCCAUUUACUGCCCA